CCUUCUCCCCACCCCCUCCGGCGGAUUCAACUCUCGACGCGCGUGCACAGCGCCCUCUUUUUUUCUUCCCUGGACGUAAAUCUCCUCGCUGCCGCUUCCUUUGAUCAAAACUAACUGAGGAAAGAGCGUCUUCUCUUUCCUUUCUUUGCAUAAGUUCGCCUCAGAAAUGCUAGGGAUUAUUUUGGGGGCGGGCGGAGAGGAAACCUCCUCACUUCGGCGGAGGGAUUCCUACCCGAGCCCUGUCCGAGGCCGAUUUGUAAGGAAGAAGUUCUGGCGCGCAGUUCGUUUGUCGCUUGAGCAAUAGGAAGCGGCCGGAGCUGCUGCGCAUGUGCGGGAGUGGCCCGGGAGAACUGGUGAUGGGCUCCCGGCGGAGGCAGGAGUCGCUCCUUCGGUUCCACAGCCUCCUCCUGCGAGUAUAUGAGGAAGGAAAAAAGAAUAUCAACCAAGGACCACUUACCUUUGAGGCUGAUGUACAAGUCUAUUUGAUUCAAGAAGGAUGUAUAAAUCCCUUGGAGAGCUUCUGGGACAGGAGUGAUACAAUGUUCAUUAUGGAGAAAGUAAGACCUUGUGAAGAAAUGCAAGAACUGGAAGAGCAGCAUAUAAGUGACACUUCUAUUUCUAGGACUUUCCCCAAAGAGAAUGUUUCAGCACUUGCUUUACCCCUUCCAAGAGCAAGGCAGUUGAUUUCAUUCUACACAAUGUCUCAAAAUCCAAACAUGGCCCACCCCAACAUAAACGAGUCAGCACCGCUUCCUCCACUGUGGGUGCGAUGUGAUCGCUCUGACCCCAAACAAACGGUCUGGCUAGGAGCUGAACCUUUCUGCACUGGAAACAAGAUUACGGGGAUCCAUCUAUACACAGUUGCCUGCAAUGGUCCAAUAUCAAAUAAAAAUUAUUCAGCAGACUUGCAAGAACUAAAAGAUACUCACAGAAUAAGGACUCACUCUUCUGAUUUGACAAUAAAGGGUUUUGCCCGUUACAAGUUCCUUGAAACCACUUCAUUAGACUCCCUCUCACUGGAGGACACCCUUAUUCCAUUGGAGAGAAAUAUAUUCGCUGAUUUUUCUUGGAAUUCUGUAAAGAAGAUGGUGGAGGUCCCUCCCCUGACUUCUGCUGCCACACUGAAGAUUCAGAUGGCAUCUGGGAGCCCUUUGAGUUCUGUGUAUGAACUGAAUAGGGAGCUGCAGUUCCUUCUUAGUUUGGCUGAGAGCUUGAAGACUGGCAUGGCUGACUGGCCUAAACCUGUGGGGCGGGAACCAGCUGUUGAACUAGUACAGAAGCUUUUGAAAGAUUUAAAGGACACGAUGGACGGUUUGAAGAUGCCAAACAGUAGUGAUGCUGAGAAUCUCCAGGAUGACACUGCUGCAGUUUAUGGCACCAUGAAAACACAUUUUAGCAGGAGAAGAGACAUGGAUUUUGUUGAGCAGUUCUGGUGUAAAAUAUGGAAGAAUGUUACUUCAUAUGAAGAAUUGGUGAAGUGCUUCACAUUGAUAAUGAAAGCUCUCCAGCGUGGUGAAUUGAAGACCUGGGUUCAUCAAGGAAGUAACAGCUUACUGAGCAAACUGAUUAAGCAAUCUUAUAAUGGAAGCGUAGAAUCAGUUUCUCUUAGUGGAGAUACUCCAAUUCAAAUGCUUCUAGAAAUUGGUGUGGAUAAGAUGAAGAGAGAUUAUGUUAGCUAUUUUGUCGGCAAGGAAUUUGCAAUCCGUACUCACUUGGACUACUUCAUGUCAACUUCAGUAGAUCUACAGGAGCAGGUUCAUCGCAUCCAGAAACUCCACCAUAUGCUAGAGAUCGUGGACAAUUGUGUAGAACUUCUUAAACUUGAGCAAGAGAACCUCAUCUUCUUGACACAGUCCUGUAUAAAUUACUACAAGGAAAACCCCCUGAAUGAAAAUAAUGUAUUUCAGCUGCCAGUCAGGACAACUUUUGUGAAGGAGUUCUACCAAAAUGCAAAUCCUCAAGUAUGGAGAAUGGAAAUCAGCAGUGGGCAAGGAGAGAAAAAAGUGAAAACAAUAUGGCAACUGAGCACCACAGUGCCAGCUGAACACAUGAGCUCAAGCAGUGUAGGUCUUCUGGAUGAUACGGAAGAUGGUGGCAGUAAAGAAAUGUGUUUUAUUACCUUCACCGAGUGCUCUCAGGUGUACUUUACAUAAAAUAUUGGCAGUAUUUCCUGCUCUUCUUCCCGCAAGAGCCUAGGGCAUCUAACAGUAGCCAAAUAUAAAAUCUACACAAGACAGUUAUUAAAACCAAUAUAGUAGUAAAAAUGCAGUUGAGCAGAUAGCAGGAGGAGGACCUAUUUUGCAUGCAGAAAGUUUUGAGAGAGAACUUCAUCUGAAGUCCUGCAGAGCUACUGCCAAUCAGUAUAGAUAAUACUGAGCUGGACGGACCAAUAAUCUGACCCCCCAGAACCAGGCAGCUUUCUGUGUUCCUGACAUUUAGUAGUCACAAGCCUCUUGACACUGAAAUUGUGCUUAUGUCUAGUAACCGCCAAUAGAUCCAUUGAAGAUUCGUAGAUAGUACUGAGAUAGAAAAACCAACGUUCUGACUCUGUAUAAGACAACUUCCUUAUGUUUAGGGAAGCUUUUAAUGCCUGGUGUUUUAAUGUAUUUUUAAUCUUUUGUUGGAAGCUGCCCACCAGAGUGGCUGGGGAAACCCAGCCAGAUGGGCAGGGUAGAAAUCAUAAAUAAAUAAAUGAUGGUGAUGAUGUUCCAGAUAAGUGGACUGUUGGACUCCACUCCAGCUUUGUACCAAAGUCAAUACAUGAAGCAGAGCUGCAGCCUUAAAGUUUAAGCCUUAUUCUUUGCUCCUGCUAAAUGUUUAUGUAGUGUCUACAGUGUGCCAGAAGUUAAUAUACUCAUUUGUCCACAAUGCUUGGAAUUUAUGUUAGGUAGAUGGUACUAAGGAAGCAAGGAGGGUUGUGGACUAGCAGAGGAAAAUUGGGGAUGUUGGGGAGAGUGGCAGUGAAAAAUGAGGUAGUGAGGACUGUGUUGAAAAGCAAGACACUUCUAUUGACAGGUAAUCUAAAAAAUGCUCAUUUUAGCUAUUGAGUAACCCUGAACCAGUUGGCACCUAAUUCUCUAUAAUUCAAAUAACGUUUUCUUAAUGAAAGCCUCAGCAGAAGGUUGUAUUUUUGCUAAAUUAAUCAGAAAAGACUUUGGACUGGUGGAUCUCAGUGUUUGUCACACUUUUCAAAUUUACCAUUCCAGAAGCAUAUCACAGGGUUGGACCACAAGCAUUGAUCCUUAGCUAACAGGACCAGUAGUCAUGAUCCUUAGCUAGCAGGACCAGUAGUCAGGGAUGAUAGGAAUUGUAGUCUCAAAACAUCUGGAGAGCCGAGUUUGAGGAAGCCUGCUUUAGGUGGUCUCUGCAACCGUAAGGAAUACACUUAAGUGGUGGCCAUGGGAAUUACCUAAGAGAUGCAGAAGGGAAGCUAUACCCUUCCCCUUCCCUGGCCGAAGAUGGUAUCAAGGUCUUUGUGUUUGAAGGAGAACAAAGAACAGGCAGUGUUGAAGUGGGAUUGGAAGAGGCAUAAAGGAAUGGCUUGAGGGGGAAGCAAAUCUGUGGAGACCUUCCACCUUAAGCUCAGCCUGUAUAAAGCCAUGUAUCCCAAAGACCACCACAAGCUUCCAGUGACCAUUCUUAGGAAACCAUAACCCAAGGUAUGCCCAGAGACCUCUGCAAUCUCUUAAUGCUCAGAGAUUGAGGUGCACUCAACAACUAUGCAUCUAUAAUCUUGAGUCCUAGUGAAAUAUUAACCUUAUUUUUUUUUUAAAAAAAGCACAAACACUCAGAAAACUUGAUGCCAUAAUGUUUAAGCUCUCCUCUGUCUCCAAGCUCUGGCCAUUAUGCCCCAUAUUGCUGUUACAGAAACCUCGAUCCUUGCUGUUACGGCACUGCACUGUUUGUGUGGAUCUUUGGAUCCUUGUCUUAAGUUCCUGUGUUAUACAGAUGUUUGGCUUUAAUGUGGCAUUCUUUCCGGACGAAAGUUGGCACUUACCCAGGGGUUGUUAAAAGUAAUCCAGUGCUUCACCCGGUCCCCAAAACUCUCAAAACACAAAUCUGCAUAAUCCUUAAAACAACUUGCCAGGCUUGCAUUCUGCCACCCUCCAUAUUUUUCUUGAAGUACCUGCGUGUGUGCAAGAAAUUUUUAAAGGGCUAUUUUUUUUAAGUGUCCAACAUUCUCUUGAUUUAAUAAAUGCAAGAUUAAUAUUUUUAAAAAAGUUUGCGGCUGUGUCACUCCAUCCAUCUUAAAGCCAAAUCUUUAAG